AUGAGCAUGCCUUUCUCAGAGGCAGUGUGGCUGUGCCUGGCUGUCACUGCAGGUGUGGGAGGCAUAGCUCUUUGCAAAUACAAGAGCCCUGGGCAGCUGGGAAGCCAAGCGGUCUGCCUCGCAGCCCUCUGGGGAGGGAUUUGCCUGCUCAGACUGUCCCUCUUCUGGAUCUUGUUUCUUUUCUCCCUGUCAUGUUUCCUCUUGUAUAUGCGCUCACCGAGCCAAGAGUUGUUACCUGUGGAUCAAAAGGCCGUCCUGGUGACAGGUGGUGACUCUGGGUUCGGCCAUGGUUUGGCCAAGCAUCUGGACAAGCUGGGCUUCACGGUAUUUGCCGGGGUUUUGGAUGAAAAGGGCUCGGGAGCAGAGGAAUUGCGAAGAUCCUGCUCCAAGCGCCUCUCGGUGCUGCAGAUGGAUGUCACCAACCCGCAGCAGAUCAAAGACGCUCACAGCAAAGUCGUAGAAAAGGUGCAGGACAAAGGACUGUGGGCCGUGAUCAACAAUGCUGGGAUCCUUGGCUUCCCUAUGGACGGGGAGCUCAUUCCCAUGGCCGACUACAAAUCCUGCAUGGCCGUGAACUUCUUCGGAGCCGUAGAAGUCACCAAGACGUUUUUGCCUCUUCUCAGGAAAUCCAAGGGGAGGCUGGUGAAUAUCAGCAGCAUGGGAGGAGUGUUCCCAAUGCAACAGUUGGCAGCUUACAGCUCAUCGAAGGCAGCUCUAACCAUGUUCUCAUCAGUUAUGAGACAAGAGCUUUCCAAGUGGGGAGUAAAAGUCUCUGUCAUCCAACCUGGAGGCUUCCGAACAAAUAUAGCGGGCACAAGUGAGAGCUGGGACCAGAAAGAGAAGGUUAUCCUGGACCACCUGCCCCCAGAGCUGCAGGAGGACUACGGCCGGGAUUACAUCCUCCAGCAGAAGAAUUUCCUCCGUGGGAUAGGAAUCUUCUCCACCUCGGACAUCACCCCGGUGAUCCGCGACGUGGAGCAUGCUGUCUCCGCCAAGAGCCCCUCUGCCUUUUAUGCACCCGGGAAACUGACUUCCCUGUUUCUCAAUAUUGCUUUCUUUUUCCCUACCAGCUUCCUUGAUUAUUUUGAGAAAAAACAAAAUACCCAAAGAAAGGGCAUGCCCAGAGCUCUAAGCACGCCUAAGUAG